GUUGCCGCCACGCGAACGCAAGAGGGCGCUUGUGUCGCCUUAAAAAAUAAAACAAUUCUCACAGGCAUUACAACCUAUUUCCUUUAACCACUAUCUUCUUUUUUCCACGCAUGGAUUGAGUCCGCCUUUUCCGUUCGAAUUUCAAAACGCUCACGCCUAAUUCCAACCAGCCAGUUAUACGUAAUGCGGUUGGAUUUAUAAUACGAACAGCUUUUUGUUCGCUCUCACCCGAAAUUCCUUUUGCCAAAACGCUUCCUUCCUCUGCGCUUUUCCUUUUUUAAAUGUUCAUUUUUAUUUUUUCCCCCGUGUUUAGAGGAAAUAUUGUAACGCCAGUGUUAUAGGCCUGUUGGGGAUUACGGAGCAGAAUGUGUUUUUUAUAUUGAUUGAAAUAAUUAUUGUCAAUUUGGAAUGCCUUUGCCGGGAUCUUAAGAUAUAAGAAUUCAUAUUGAACGCAAACCAUGGAAGGUUCGAGAGAAAGACUUCUUUACACGGAACGCAAUCGAAACUACGAGACUUACGACACGCGACGAUACAGACCACAGAGAUACGAAACCACCAGACACGACAGCAGAAACAGCAGACAAGAAGAAAGGUACAAGCCAAGACGCAAGAACGGCUAUGUUUACGAAGACAUUUACUCAGACUUCGACGAAGCUCAAGGCAGACUGUCGCUUUUCCGACCAAUCAGGCCAGAGUACCUCAAUCUACCGUCGAGCAUCGAAACCAAAUACAACUCCCUACCACGCAACUACCAACACUACGAAGACCGAAACAAUCGUAGAUACAAAAAAGAUUACUACGACUUCAGAAUUGAGACUGAAAGACGAAGGCCGCGGACUGAAAGGAAUUCUUAUGAGCCAUACAAAAGACAGCCGGAGCUGCGACGCAACUCCAAUGCUGAAGCUGAAGCCUAUAAACGAACCAGACCGGAAGCUAAAAACGUAGCAGUGUGCAAACCUAUACGUGUGCCUGAAAAGCCAGCCAAAUACUGGACCACAGAACCACCUAAAAGCGCACAAAAACAAAAGAGACUCGAUUCUGAGCCGAAGAAGAAUGUCAAAUUUUCCGAAGUGUCUGGCUUCAAUCGCAAAACUAUAGUUGAUGAUCCUAUUGUUGGUCGAAAAGUUGUACCAGUGAGAGAGUUAGAAGUCUCUCUUGACCAAAUGAUACAGAAUGGUUACUUUGACAAGUUGAAUAUUCCGAUAACUAAGCCGAAUGUGCCGGAUAAGCAGGAUAUAGUCAAGGAGGAGAAUUUUAAUGUUUACGGUAAUAUGGUGAAUGGUAAAGGGAAUGCGCCAAUGCCUAAUGGUAAAUGUGUGACGGAGAGAACCGUGGAGGCAACUGUCAUGUCUAGGAGGCCUCGGCAUCUUCCUCAGGUGAUAGCAGCUCUCGCGGUCUCGCUCGCUCCAUUCUCUGCCGGGCUCGGGAAGGGAUACAGCUCUCCUGCCAUAGCGUCUCUGCAGGGAACCAGCAACUCCACGCGAAGGGACUUCCAACUGUCGGAUCAGCAGGCCAGUUGGCUAGCCAGCUUGAGCUUCUUGGGAGCCCUAUUCGGCGGCAUGGCGGGCGGCGCGGCCAUGCGGCACGGGCGGCGCCGCGUGCUGGCGCUCGCCGCGGUCCCCUUCAGCCUCUCCUGGCUGCUCACCGUCCUGGCUGCGAGUGUGAAGGUCAUGUGCCUCACCAGCUUCUUAGGAGGGUUUUGCACGAGCAUACUGACUAUGUUGUCUCAGGUGUACAUCAGCGAGAUCUCAGUGCCAGACAUCCGCGGCUGCCUCAGCGCGGUCCUCAAGAUAGUCGGCCAUCUUGGAGUCCUCUUCAGCUUCACCAUAGGGGCGUAUUUGGACUGGCAACAACUGGCCCUGUGCAUAUCAGCCGCUCCUUUGCUACUCUUCUGUACUGUACUCUAUAUACCUGAAACGCCGAGCUAUCUGGUCUUGAGCGGGAGAGAUGAAGAGGCUUACCAAAGUCUUCUAUGGCUCAGAGGUCCUAACUCCGAUGUAUCUCAAGAAUUAGCAACGAUAAGGACCAAUGUGCUGGCCAGUCGGAACUUCAGUCAACGCCAGAGUUUGGCCUCCGGUAAUUUUUUGUCAGCUUUCGAUGCGCGAACGAUGAAUCGCCUGCUAGGUCCGAUAUUGGUUACAUGUGGGCUGAUGAUGUUUCAAAGGUUUUCUGGAGCUCACGCGUUCUCUUUUUAUGCUGUUCCGAUAUUCAGGAAGACUUUCGGUGGCAUGAACCCUCAUGGAGCAGCCAUAGCUGUCAGUUUUGUACAACUUCUGGCUUCAUGUCUUUCUGGCCUGCUUAUAGACACUGUUGGUAGACUGCCGUUGUUGAUCGUCAGCUCAGUGCUGAUGUCCAUGGCAUUGGCUGGGUUCGGUAGCUACGCCUACUAUGAAGAGGUACACAGAAACCAGAGAAUCCAGAAUGUGAUGUUCCAUCAGGCGUUGGGGCAGAACGACUGGAUUCCUCUUCUAUGCGUCCUUGUCUUCACUAUAGCGUUCUCUCUCGGUAUGAGUCCGAUAUCCUGGCUUCUGAUUGGCGAGUUGUUUCCUCUAGAAUACAGGGCAUUUGGAAGCGCUAUGGCUACAGCUUUCAGCUAUCUGUGUGCGUUUGUGGGUGUGAAGACCUUUGUGGAUUUCCAACAAGCGUUAGGCCUCCAUGGUGCGUUUUGGUUAUACGCGUCCAUAAGUGUUGGUGGAUUGUGUUUUGUCGUUUGCUGUGUGCCAGAGACCAAAGGUAAGGAUUUAGACGAAAUGGAUCCGAAUUAUGCUCAGAAUUUAUCGCCUAGGAGGUAAACUACGAUUGUAACCGAAUAGUAAUAGUAGGACUGAGGAUUGGUAGGAAAGUAGUGGUGAAGCGAAGAUGCAAUGACAAUAGUAGGCAAUAAUAGGGAUAGAUUUGUCAUUGAGUUAGGCGUGUGUUGAAGGCAUAUUUAAAUAGUGACCGAGAAUGACGCAAUUGAAGAAACAAUGUACGUGACCCUACGUAGUUAAUAAUAAAUCAAAUCCACCGCAGAUUUUUGGCUGUGCUUACCUAUUUAUUUUCUAUUACUUAAAUCCAACCAUUUAUAAUGGUGGCCUAAUGAAAUACAAUAAUUUACCUAGCGUUAGAAGAGUAAGUGCCAAUUUCUCCAGUGUCGAUUCUCUAACCGACAGGGAUUGAUUUAUAAAUUAAACGUCAUCUCCAUAUAAAAUUCAUGACAGAUGUGUCAAAAGUCAACCGCUACUCCCUGGUUAUGCUCUAACCGACUAUGGAGAAAUUGGCACUUAAAGUUAAAACAUUACCGCAUAUCCUUCUAGUCAUAUCUUCGAAUGUCUAUUUUCCAAAUUAGUUGAAAAUGUAUUUUGAAUUGAAAUUCCAAUUGUGGUCCAUUCUUUACCUCUUUACCUUUUACUAGAUGAAAUCUAUUUAAUGUUACUAAAAUCAUUUCCAGAUUCAAUAGAAAUUAUAUAUUUUAGCUAUUAGAGUGUGUCGUAUUCGAAUUGUUUGUAAAUAAUUGUCCAGACUUCUAUCUAUUCUACAUAGUGACAUAGUUCUGUUAUACUUAAAGAAAGAUAGUCUCUUAGUAUUAAAACAAACAUUCAUGGUCUACUAUUAAUGACUGCAUUCAUGAUACAUAUUAUUCUUAUACAUGAUGUAACUAAAUCGGUACUGUUAUCAGAAAGUCAUAUAAAAAGUCUGUGCAGAAACCACAGACAUUCAAAAUCGUCAACCACCGACUUGCAAUACCUAUGUCAAAGUCAUUAUUACUCUUGACUUCUUGAAAGUGCAUAAUAAUAUAGAAAUAUAAAUGAACAAGAUAAUACCUGAAUACUAUCUUAAAUAGGUGAAAUCAACCUAUUAAUUCUUUAUCUACUGUAUAAGUAAGAAAAUAUUGUUAUUGUAAACGAAAUAGUGUAAAUCUAAAUCCUCUUUCACAAUGUUUGGAUACUGAUGAAGUAAAAUUAAAACCAGUUUCUCAUUUGACAAAAUCUUUAUACCCAAGCAUUAAUUGCUACUCUAGGUACUUCAUAAGUCGUGCGAAAUAUUAUAUACUCAGUUGUGAAACCGACAGUUACUUACUGUAAGAUUAGUUUCA